GCUAAAAACGGUUAGACUGAAGACUUCAACUCCCAGAAUUCGAUGGUUCUGAAAAGGGACAGUGUAGGUUCAAAUUAGGUGAAAGUUGUAGCUACGAUUAACGCGGCACUGAACGUAAAGCAGACAUCGUUGUGCGCUUGUAACAUAGGCUACGAUUUUCAGCAUCGGCGCCGAGCUGGGAGUUCAGUUGGAAUAGAAAACUGGUAUCGCUAAGCAGAGGAUUAAUGCAUUUGAAAGAACAUGAACGAAAGAGUCGAGAAAGGCCCUGUCACUCGCAAAAGAAGGAGUUCAAUCUCUGGAGCCGCCUCUGCUGGCGCUACUUUGAAACAAGCAAAUGGGCAAUUCGCUGCAUCCAAAAAUAAUAAACUAUCAAAUGUGAAGCAGGACUGCCACAGCAGUUCCAAGGAAAGUGUACACGAAUCGCCCCACGUUACUGCAGCAAAAGAUAGAGGGAAAAAUGAAAUUCGGUUCUUUGGGAAACUCAGUUGCCACAAGCUGCAGGAGUCCUUGCUCAGCUCUGCCAGUGGCUACAGUAAUUACCGGGGAAUCCUCAACUGGUGUGUUGUUAUGCUGGUCUUGAGCAAUGCACGCCUUUUCCUGGAGAACCUCUUGAAUUAUGGAAUUCUGGUGGACCCCAUUCAAGUGAUAUCGCUCUUCUUGGAGGAUCCUUACAGCUGGCCAGCAGCUUGCCUGGUCAUUGUCUCAAAUGUGUUUAUACUGGCAGCUCUGUACACAGAGAGGAGGCUGUCUGUGGGCACCUUCAGUGAGCAGUUUGGUACGAACAUUCACUGUGUCAACCUGACCACCAUCCUGUGCUUCCCUGUCAUCACCAUUCUCCUGCUGGACUCUGUGACCCCAGUUGGAGGAGCUUUUGCCCUGGGUGUGUACACUGUCCUCUUCCUGAAGCUGUUCUCCUACAGAGACGUGAACAAGUGGUGCAGAGGAAUUCAGCACGCCAAAGCCCGCACUCUCUCCAGGUCUAUUUCAUGCCCAGCGGUUCAGAAGGCAACCCGAGGGGAACGGCAGGAUAAGGUGUCUUACCCAGGGAACCUCACUCUCAGGGACUUGUACUACUUUGUCUUCGCCCCAACGCUCUGCUAUGAGCUGAACUUCCCCCGAUCUCCACGGAUACGCAAGCGCUUCCUGCUCAGAAGGCUUUUUGAGAUGAUUUUCUUCAUUCAGUUAAUGGUUGGAUUAAUACAGCAGUGGAUGGUACCCUCCAUUCAGAAUUCAAUGAAGCCAUUCCAGGAUAUGGACUUUUCCAGAAUGAUUGAACGACUCCUAAAACUGGCUGUACCCAAUCAUUUAAUCUGGCUCAUCUUCUUCUAUUGGUUCUUCCACUCCUCCAUGAACUUUGUAGCUGAGCUCAUGCGGUUUGGAGACAGGGAGUUCUACAGGGACUGGUGGAACUCGGAGACAGUCACAUACUUCUGGCAGAACUGGAACAUCCCAGUGCACAAGUGGUGCCUUCGUCACUUCUACAAGCCAAUGCUGAAGAGAGGGGUCAGCAAGCGCAUGGGGCAGGCAGGUGUGUUCCUGGCUUCAGCCUUUUUCCAUGAGUACCUGGUCAGUGUUCCACUGAAGAUGUUCCGGCUCUGGGCGUUUAUGGGCAUGAUGGCUCAGCUGCCGCUGGCCUGGUUUGUGGGCCGAUUUCUCAGGGGUAACUAUGGCAAUGCAGCAGUGUGGAUCUCACUCAUCAUUGGUCAGCCUGUCGCGGUACUUAUGUAUGUCCACGACUACUAUAUUCUCCACUUUGAUGAAACAAAAGCAGCUUAAAUGGCAGUCCUGUCCAGGGUACCAAACUUUUUUUAAACAAUGGAAAGAGGCACACAAAUGAAUGAUGUUCAGAGAUUUAUUUUGUGUAAAAAAAUAUAAAAAUAAUUAUAUGGUGUAUAUUUGUGGUUUGACUGAAAAUAUUUUUGUAAUAUAUAAUUGUUUCUUGUGAAAGAGGCAGCCAGGAACCAGGCAUUCAAAGAUAGGAUUGUAACAGCAUACAUUAUAUAUAGUAUCUAAAAUAGUCAUAUCAGCUAUGUCUUCUCUUAAUCUUUCUUCUUAACUUUUGUUUGGACUGCACCACCCCACAGUACUGCCGUUACUCUGUCUGGCCAAAGAAAAAGUUUUCACCUUUACCUUCCUCAACUUCUUUUAUCUCUACUUUUCUGUGGUAUUGGAAUAUGAAAUCUCUGCAUUAAUUGCUUAUUGAUACAUACAUCAAUAGACUUUUAAAAAGUGUACGGAAUACAUUUUCAAUUGAGCACAUUAGUUGAUAACAUUUAAAUUGCUCAAGAUUCAUCCAUCUGUCAAAAUGACAAACCUGUCCAACUGAAAAUAACAGUUUUGUGUAUAGCGUCCAUAUUAAUGCUAUCUGGUGCUCCAUUCCUGCACGAAUGCAUCCAUCAAAAUGUGUGGUAGGAGCAAUAAAGAAAUACACAGACACAAACAAGCACAUUUGUAGACAAUGAAUUGUUCUUGCCAAUGAUUUCUUUUUUCAUGGGGUUGACAACACCUCCAGUGUAGUGAAAUGGUAUCUGUAAUUCUAUAAUUUGUGUAAUUUUAAGUACAAUGUGUAUAGCUUGUUGAAGGUGAUCAGCAUUUUCUUACAGCAAUGAACAUUUGGGGAUUUUACUAAUUUUUGUCUUUGUAGAAUGUACUAUUACCAGGCCUUAAAUACUGGGGUGUUUAUGGAACAGCAGAAUGAAUGCAAAUGCUUUUUCUGUGAUGUAUCCUCUGGGAGGACUGGUGCUCAUGACAGUAUAGUUCUGUCAUUUCCAUCCGUUGAUAAAAGGGACUUAUUUCCGGCCUCCCUGCUCCUAGCUUUUAUUUUCACUCUUGUGAAAACAAAGCAAAAAUAAAAAUAAAACUGCGUUCA